AUGGCGAUGGUUGAUCUCCAUCUACUAGCACAAACAGUCGUGUACUGCUGUACACUAAUCUGUGGGUUUUUUGUGUCCAUCCCUGUCGGUUUGACAAACAAAAAUUUUGAUGGAAUGUGCAUGCUGUAUGGAGAUUUUUCAUUGAAGUCUAACCAUGAAUUGAUGAUGAAAUCCAGUGACCACCUCAACUGUAACUUCUCGAUCUAUCUUAACGUCCUGGGCAGUAUUUUCUACUCUCUAUUCCUUCUGGCUUACAACGCUUACGCACUCCACAAAUCCAGAUCAAAUGGCAAUGUUGGGUUUGAAAUGUGGGUGUUGCCAUUCAUCCUGCUGAACGCAGUCAUGACAAUCAUGAUUCUGGUGUCGUCCUGUAUCGUCACUGUAGGACUCAACGAAUUCUGUAGCGGGAUCACUCAAUCCAUAUUCUACUCCAGUUGUAUUGAUGCCCAAAACAAAGAAUGGAUCAACGUCAACACUGGUGAAAUGUUCAAUGUUGGAAACUUCUACGAACUUCUAACCGUGGCAAAGCUUGCCUCUUGGGUGUCCUUCAUGCUCUGGAUAGGACAGGUGGCUCUGGGUAUCCUACGAUUUUUCAGAAACAGGGCAUACAGAACACGGAGUUCUGAUAGAGAUCGUUUCAGUGACAUUAAUCCAUCUGCAUAA